GGCCCGGUCCCUCCAUAGCUGUGAGGCAGGCUGACAGGUUAGUGUUGGAGAUGAGUUUUGAGUGGCCCUGGCAGUACAAUUUCCCUCCGUUCUUCACAUUGCAGCCAAAUGUUGAUACAAGACAGAAGCAGCUGGCGGCGUGGUGCUCGCUCGUCUUGUCAUAUUUCCGCCAUCGGAAGCUUUACACAGUCGACGUGCUGGAGGCUCAAGAAAGCCCCGUGUUCAACAACAAGAAGAUCGAGAGAAAGCUCUCUGUUGAGGCUAUACAGGUUGUCUUUGAGGAGCUGAGAAAAAAAGGGAACCUGGAAUGGAUGGACAAAAACAAAACACGCUGUUUAAUCAUGUGGCGAAGACCUGAGGAGUGGGGCAAGCUGAUUUAUCAGUGGGUCUCUAAAAACGGCAUGGUCAACUCAGUGUUUACACUUUAUGAACUGUCUAACGGUGACGACACAGAAAACGAAGAAUUCCAUGGGCUUGAGGACUGGAUGCUGCUGCGCUCUCUGCAGGCCCUGCAGACUGAAGGCAAGGCAGAAAUCAUCACGAUGGACGACGGGAAAGGAGUCAAGUUUUUCUGAAUUGCGCUUUUCAGAAUCAGACUUUGGGAAGGCGGGGUUAAUGGGCUUCUUCUACUGGGUUCAACUCUCAGAUGGCCUCUAGGGGCCGGUUUUCCUGAUGCAGAUUAAGUCUAGGACUGGACUUAAUGGGAUUUCCAAUGCGGAUCCCCACCUAACGGUGUGUUCCAGUCUUAAGCUGUGACCAGAAAAUCAUGGCACUAGUCAUAGCACUCUAUUACUUCAAGGAACAGUCCAUUCUGAAUUCUGUUUUUAACCUAAUUUGCUUCUGUAGCAUACGGCCGAUUAGCAGAGGCUAUAAUCAGUGUUCCAUGUAGCUGAAAUGUUCAUUUGGUUCUUUCAGUAGAUUUUCAGCACAGGAAAAUUAUUCAUUAUCUAUUGCUAAUGCUAAUCAGUGACUCGCUAACUGCAGGGAGAGAUAAGGAUAAAAACUACUGUAAUCAAGUCAAUGCAUUGCAUAGAUAUACCCAAAAACCCAAAAUACAUAAAUACUUUCCUUGUUGGAACUGUUCUGAUAUUGGUGGUUUUACACCUGACAAACUGACUUAUAGAUUAUAGAUUUCAGAGAAUUUAGCAAAACAAGACAUGGGAUUUCACUCCAGGACAUCAUGCAAAGGGCUGGAAGUUCAGUCAACCACUAAUGCAUAUCAGAAACAAACAAAAAAAAAUGUUUUGAAAAAUCUCCACCUCGACACCUCGACUUUGUACAUAAAGUUAGUUUUUGCUGUAAAUCCCACAGGACUCUAUUACUUGAAUAUCUCCUUUGUGUGCUACCAUGUCAACCCAAAGGACCCCUGUUUGGGAACCUCCUAACGAUUCCUGGUUAAAAAGAGACUAAUCUAACUCUCUGGCAUAAAACGUGACGGUGCUGGUGGUCCAUGUGGUUCAUACCAACAAUUUGCUGAAACUUCUCAGUAGCAUUAUGUUACUUUUCUUGUUUGUGUCCCUCCACCUUUUCUACCAGUGUAAAACUGUACAAAUACUGUACAAAUAAACCGGACAGGUUUUCAUUUC